AAAGAGAUAAAUUAAGAAGAAAACAAACAUGGAAAAUGGAAAUAAAGAUAGUUGUAGUUGUUGUAGCAACUCAAGAAUAUAUGAAGAUUUUAUGCCAACAUCAGAAUUGGUUCAUGGAAAAGACUAUGAUACCCUUCUUCUUAAUCUUCCAGGUUUCAAGAAAGAAGAGGUGAAGAUUCAAUUAUGCAAAAAAAAAGGAAUUCUAAAGAUUAAUGGACAAAGGCCAGUAAAUAAAUUUUUAAGCUUUCAAAAGGACAUUCCUGUUUCAAAAAAUUGUGACAAAAGUAAAAUAAAUGCAAGGCUAGUAAAUGGAAUACUUUAUGUUAAACAUCCAAAACUCAUAAUUUCAUCACAAAUAAAUGGAAAUGACUUGCCAACCUUAACUAAUAUUGAACCAAAACAGGAUAACAAGAAAACAGAAUUAGAUGAAUUAAGUAAACAAGACAAUGCUGAGAAACCAAACAACACUAGUCCAAAAUCCAAUGAACAAACACAAGUUGUUAAACCAAACGAAUCGAUGAAAGAUGAUGCCAUGACGCGUCCUGCUAGCGAUUUAUUUGCAAAGUUGAAGGUGUCAAGGCAAGUGAUGAACAUGGCUAUGGCUGCAUUGGUGGUUCUUGGUGUUGGUGGCUAUGUAAUGAGGUCUCCAAAGAAAGCUAAAGAAUGAGACUAUAG